CCUCAAUGUAUCAGUUUUAGAAGAGCAAAGCUCCAGUGAUUUAUGCUUCAGGAUGGGAAACAUAUUCAGUAACUGCCCAAAGCCAUACAGACGUAAACUGGAGAGACAGACAGACUAACAGAGUAGCAGACUUAAGAACAGGUAACAGUCAUGAAUUCGGCACUGCAUGUUAUCCUCCUUUUUUCAGGUCAGUGGGCUCUCACCUUGUGUGGUACUCAUCAGUUUCAUGUGGUGGAAGAAAGUAAGAACUGGACCGAGGCUCAGAAAUACUGCAGAGACAAAUUCACUGACCUGGCCACCAUUGAGAGCCGAGAGGAAAUGGACACUGUAAUAACCAUUAUCAGUGGGAGAGAAGGCCAUUUUUGGAUAGGUCUGAUACUGACAGUGGAAAACAACACCCCUAGCUGGAUCUGGUCAGAUGGAAGUCAAACCUCAUACAGGAACUGGAAUACUGGUCAGCCAGACGUCAAGGCUAAUUACUGUGGGGAAUUACGAAGUGAAGAUGCAUACAGAUGGACUGUUAUAGAGUGCAACCUGCUACAUAAAUUUGUCUGCUAUCAAAAUAUUCCACUUAUCCUGGUUAAACAGAGCAAGACGUGGCGAGAAGCUCUGAGGUACUGCAGAGAUAAUUAUGUGGACCUGGUGUCAGUUCACACUAUGGAAAUCCAGCACUGGGUGGAGUUUGUUACUAAAAAGGCCUCCACUGCUAAUGUGUGGAUGGGUCUGCGUCACACCUGCGCUCAGAGCUUCUGGUUCUGGGUGAGUGGAUCAACUAUCUGCUACCAGAACUGGGCUCCAGGGAGCGGGACAGGGGUGGAAGACUGCAGUGGAGGAGAAAGAACAGGAGCAGUACAGUUUGGAAGUAAGCAGUGGGUCAGUCUGCCAGAGACUCAGGAACUCAACUUCAUCUGCACCACUGUCUGAUAUUAUUUCUUAAUAUGUGGUACUUUAUUUGUUUAAUUAACAGGGAGAACACAUUAAUCAGCAUCAUUAUUGUUUAAUGUACAUGAGCUAGAUUUAGUCAAAUGGCAAACUUUCAUCUGGACAGGUUGAUGUUAACACUGAAAUUGAGUGCUUCUCACAUUG